GCCAUGGCCUCAGCACCUCCCAUAGAGAAAGUGUUAGAAAAAGCCACUUGCUCCAUCUGCCUGGAGUACCUGACAAAGCCGGUGACCAUAGACUGUGGGCACAACUUCUGCCGAGACUGCAUCAUCCAGUACAGUGAGCCUGGGGAGCCUCAAUCAGGCACAAAGAUCCCCUGUCCCCAGUGCCGAGCGCCGUUCCAGGAAUGGAAACUCCAGCCCAACAGGCAGCUCGCCAAUACUGUAAAGAACAUCAAACUAUUGGGGUUAAAGUCAGGAAAUGUGCAAAAGGAGAAUCUUUGUGAGAGACAUGAGGAGCAGCUCCAACUCUUCUGUGAGGAGGACAGAGAAGCCAUCUGUGUGGUUUGCAGGCAGUCCCAGACUCAGCACACUCAUGCUGUAAUCUCCAUACAGGAGGCUGCCCAGGAUUACAAGGUGAAACUCCAGGAAGCCCUGGGCCCUCUAAGGCUGGAGCUGGAGGAGGGCCUGGAGCUGACAUCUGAAGAGGAGGAGAAAACCACAGAGUGGCAGGAAAAAGUAGAGAAUCAGAGACAGUUGACCAUGUGUGAAUUUAAGAAACUGCACCAGUUUCUGAGUGAGGAAGAGCAGCUGCUACUGCAGCAACUGGCGGAGGAGGAGAUGGAGACUCUGCAGAGACUACAGGACAAUAUAACAAAGCUCUCAGAGCAGAGUGCCGCUUUGCAGCAGCUGAUCACAGAAGUAGAAGAGAAAUGCCUGCAACCAGCUGCUGAGCUGCUGAAGGAUGUGAAAAGCACACUGAUCAGGAGUGAGAAUAUGACACUCCAGGAUCCAGAAGCUGUUUCUCCUGCCCUGAAGAAUGUGUAUAAAAUCUGCCUUGACAUGAAGGAAAUGCUGGAGAGAUUCACUGUGGAUGUGACUCUGGAUCCAGACACGGCUCAUCCCAGCCUCAUCCUGUCUGAGGAUCAGAAAACUGUGACAUACGAAGACAAACAACGGGAUCUGCCUGACAAUAUUAAGAGAUUUGAUACUUAUCCCAUUGUCCUGGGCUUUAACAAAUUGACAGGAGGGAGGCAUUACUGGGAGGUGGAGGUGGGAGACAAAACAAACUGGACUCUGGGGGUUUGUACAGAAUCUGUGACAAGGAAGGGGAAGAUUUAUCUAUCACCUGAGAAUGGAUUCUGGACAGUAUGUCUGAGAUAUAAGGAAUACAAGGCCCUCACCUCCCAUUUGACUCCACUGUCCAUGAGCGUCAGGCCCAGCCGGGUGCGGAUUUUCCUGGACUAUGAGGCAGGAGAGGUCUCAUUUUACAAUGUGACUGACAAGUCCCAUCUCUUCACUUUCACUGACACCUUCUCCGGGACGCUCCACCCUUAUUUUUAUACUGGUUACAAAGAGGGAUUUAGAAACACAUCUCCCUUGAUUAUCUGCCCAGUCCCAGCUCAGGCUGGAGGGAAUCUCUGUUCCUGAGAGUGACACCCAUGGAGGAGCCUGUCCCCUCCCAGCGCUGACCAGCCCCCAGGUGUGUUCCUAUAAGGAUGGCCUGGGGAAUCAUCUGCCUGCCACCGCCUCCCCCUCAGUUCCCAGCACCAAGCCUGUGAGCUAGGGGAGAGGAGAGGGGCAGAGGGGGGAUGUAGGCUGCUGGGUUGUGGGCAUGCAGAGGCAGAGAUGUGUGUAGACACAAUGUCAGGGGUGGCUGCUGUUGCUGAUGUAAGGGGGACCGUUGUCCCCUUACUGAAACGCAGUGAGGAUUUCUGGUUGGCCGUCUCCCAGUAACAAAAGAAAGG